AUGAGUUUCGAACAAAAAUUCGAAGUUCUUGAACUAAUUGGCCGCGGGUCUUUUGGGAAUGUCCGUAAAGUUCGGAGAAUCAGUGAUGGAAGACUCUGUGUCCGGAAAGAAAUCUCGUAUAUCCACAUGAACCCCAAGGAAAGAUCACAGCUCAUUGACGAAUUCCGAAUCCUUGGAUCUUUGAACCACCCCAAUAUUGUCGAGUACAUCUACCAUGAACACGUUCCUGAGGAUCAUAUGGUGUAUCUUUACAUGGAGUACUGUGAUGGCGGGGAUUUGAGCCAGAUCAUCAAAUCGCACAAAAAGCGCGAGGAGUACGUGCCCGAGGAUCUCAUCUGGAGCAUAUUUACCCAGGUAAUAAUGGCGUUGUACCGAUGCCAUUACGGAGUGGACCCUCCGCCAGUGAAAAACAUCUUCCAGACACAAUAUGACGACGAGGAGAAUGAGGAGGACGGAAAGGAUACCCAUGGCCCAAAUAACCAGUACAAAUACAGUGUUUCAGGAAGUAACGAGCCCACAGUGGUCAAUAAUGAAAUGAUUAUCAUUCAUAGAGACAUCAAGCCAGAUAAUGUUUUCUUAUUGAAGGACAAUUUCGUCAAGCUUGGGGAUUUUGGGCUUGCAAAGUUGUUACUACUGGAAAGUGAUUUCGCCACCACCUAUGUCGGUACCCCAUACUACAUGAGUCCCGAAGUGCUCAUGGAUAAACCUUACACUCCUCUUCUGGACAUUUGGUCCCUUGGAUGUGUGAUGUAUGAACUCUGUGCCCUUCAUCCGCCAUUCCAAGCGAAAACACAUUUACAAUUACAAAAUCGUAUCAAAGAGGGUCAUUUCCCAGAUAUCCCAAGUCAUUAUUCCCAGAAAUUACGAUUAACGAUCAACGCGUGUAUUCUGGUCGAUACUGCCCAGAGACCGCUGUCUUAUUUGCUACUCCAAGAAAUCAGUAUCAAGAUCUUCCGAAAAGAAUUGGAACUCAACACCAAACAACAAAAUUUGGCUCUGCUCGAGCGUAGUCUCAAGUUGAAAGAAAAUGCGUUUUUACAAGAACGAUCCCGCCUAAGCAACGAGAUCGACCAAGAGUUGGGGUAUCAUAAGAAAAUCAUGGACAAAGAAAUCGAACAAAUCAGGUUACAAUAUCAGAAGGAAUUCCAAUACGUUGUGGAAAAAGAGGUGAACAAUCGAAUAAAAAUUCUACUUCAAGAGCCAGAAUUCAUGCAACAAAUCAUCAAUCAAGCGACCACUAGUGGGAAAAUGAACGACGAAUAUGGGAAACCUAAUGAUCUUUUGUCGAAGAAAAGUACCGGGGUCCUCAAACAAUGGAAUGGGCCAGGCUUAUCAGGAAGCACCAUCACCUCUGCCGCUUCCACCGCCCCAUCAACAUCAAGCAACAAUCUGAAAUACUCAAUCAAAAACCAAAGCAAAUUAUUUGAUGAGUAUUCAAACCCCAAUGUUUAUGGAGGGGUCACAGGGAACCAGAACUUGAACAUGAAUGGUGGUAAUGCUUUGAAUAAAGCCACACAUUCUUCGAACGCUCAUGUAAUGACCAAGAAAAAGAAAUAUUAUAAUGAAAUGUAUGAGGAAAAUACACCUAGUCCAUUUUUAAGGACUUUUAACCUGAAUUUUUGA